UUAGCUUUAAAAGAGUUAAAGAAAUGCGUCUUUUCAACUACGUCAAAUCUUUGACAGUAGAAUGGCAUCUUAACCACUAUAAUUAAUUUGAAGUAAUUAAAGACGUGAAUAGAAACUUUAGAAAUUUUACAAUUUGAUAAUAAAAACGAAAUAGUAAUAAACUUCACCGUGUUAAAAUUACUUUUAGGAAAGGAUUGAAAGCCAUAAAAUUUGUGAAAUAGUACGUACUUAACUAAAAAUAAUAAAAGUAUUACGAAUUGUUGAAAUUUUUUUUAUAUUGUGAUGAAGCAGAAAAAAAAAAGCUUUUUUGUAAUUUCGUUUUUAAAGUACUUUAUCUGUUUGAGAAUCGAAACAAAACGCAAAACUGUUUUAAUUUGUUUAUUUGCAUUGCUGUCGCUGUAUAUCUUGCUUCAAUUGUCUCAAGUUAAUAAUUUGACUGUUGCAAAAUACUUUCCCGGUAAUCAUAGCAUUGCUUUAGUUAUCGCUCAUCCUGACGACGAGGCAAUUUUUUUCUCGCCGACGUUAUUAUAUCUAAGUAAAAUAAAGCAUUUUCAAAUGCACGUUUUAUGCGUAACGAAUGGAAAUUUUUACGGGUUAGGUGAAGUACGCUCAAAAGAACUCUUUCGCAGUUGCUACGAGUAUGGACUUGAAAAAGAACAAGUAUAUUUACUCAACGAUGAUAUGUUUUAUGACCAUCCUUCAAUUAGGUGGAACAACAUUUCAAUGCUAGCAAAGAAGUUGGAAUUGAUAUUAGAAGAAAGGAGUAUUGACACAGUUUUAUCUUUUGGUCCGUACGGUUGCUCUGGCCAUCCGAAUCAUCGAGACGUUCAUUUAACGGUUCGGACUUUAACAAGCUAUCGAAGAUUUUUUAUGACUGAUGUUUGCUUUUUACGAUAUUAUGGAGGUAUAUUUGAAGUAAUUUAUACAUAUUUUUUAAGUUCUGAAUAUAAAGCUUUUUUUCUUUCUUGGGAUGUCUUAAAAACAUUUAAAGCUAUGAGUUCUCACUUAAGCCAAUUCCGUUAUCAUUGGAUUUUGGUCCGAUAUGUACUUAUAAAUGAUUGGACGGUUUACGACAUUAAUGCAAGAGUUGGUAAUGAAUUGCCUGCAUAUUAAAAAAAAAAAUUCAAGUAUUGUAUUUAAACAAAGUUUUCUAAUGUCAGUUUCUAUAUAAUGAAAUUUUAGACUAAAACAUAAAUUUUAUUUAUCGAAGAAUAAAGUUCUAGUCUAUUGCA